AUGUCAACUGAAUGCUCCCGUUCGAAUGCCGACUACACCGUGGGAUGGAUAUGCGCCAUAAGCAUCGAGUACCUUGCUGCACAGCUCUGUCUCGACGAAGAACACGAGCCGCUGGAAUAUGUGUCCCCUCAUGACGACAAUGGCUACACCUUGGGCCGAGUUGGGAAGCACAAUGUCGUUAUUGCUGUUCUGCCCGACAGCGAAUACGGCACAUCGUCUGCGGCCAGCGUCGCAAGAGAUAUGCUGCAUAGCUUCCCAAAUGUCAGAAUCGGCCUCAUGGUCGGCAUCGGCGGCGGGGCGCCGACCAGCGGUAACGACGUCCGAUUAGGCGACAUCGUGAUCAGCACUCCUCGCGAUGGCGAGGGCGGGGUGUUGCAGUACGACUUCGGCAAAACGAUACAGGAUCAGGCGUUCCGACAGACUGCGUUCUUGAACCGGCCACCAACAGUCUUACUGGCGGCGGUGAACGGGCUAAAGACCCAGUACCAGAGGAAACGGCGUCAGCUAGAGGAAGCCAUUAACCACAUAAUUCUUGAGCAGGAAGAGGACCUGCGGGAGGAACUUAGCCGGCCAUGCGCGAGCAGCGAUAGACUGUAUCGCAGCGAUUUUGUUCAUCCUCCAGAUAAGAAAAACGGCUGUGCGGAGGUUUGCGGCGUCGACUCACCGAACUUGAUCACUCGACUCGAGCGAACAAGACAUCAGAGUCCUGCGGUCCACUACGGUCUGAUUGCUUCUGCGAACCAGCUUAUGAAGGACGCCUUGGUUCGUGAUAAACUCGCAGCAGAACAGGGCGUCUUAUGUUUUGAAAUGGAGGCAGCGGGGCUAAUGAACCACUUCCCCUGCCUCGUGGUUCGCGGAAUAUGUGACUACUCGGAUUCCCACAAAAACAAGGAGUGGCAGAGCUAUGCAGCAGUGGCUGCUGCGGUAUAUGCCAAAGAACUUCUUUGUCGGAUAGCCCCAAAUAAGGUGGAAGCUGAAAAAAAGAUAGGAGAUGUUCUUUCUACAGUUGAGCAAGGCGUGAACAAAAUGCGCAGUGAUGUUCAAGACACGAAGAAUGUUGUCAAAGGCUUGGAACUUGAACAGAAGCGCGAAAAGACGGAACGUUGGCUGUCGCCGCCAGAUCCGUCAACGAAUUACAAUAACGCCAUGCGGCAACGCCAGGAAGGUUCUGGCCUAUGGUUCUUGCAAACUGAUGCCUUCGUGGAAUGGAAGCAAAGGCGAAAUUCUUUUUUGUGGCUUCAUGGCAUCCCUGGAUGCGGAAAAACGAUUCUUAGCUCGACUAUUAUUCAAGCUCUCGAGCGGGCCAAUCCGCAGGGUCUCCUCUACUUUUAUUUCGACUUCAAUAAUACGGGCAAGCAGACACUUAACAGCAUGGUGCGGUCCCUUAUCAGCCAACUUUAUCCUAAAGGCGGACGUGUGUGGAAGGAAUUGGAUUCCCUCUACUCCUCUUGCCAAGACGGAAGUCGGCAACCACCCUGCGAAUCGCUUUGCAAGACUUUCUUACGUAUGAUAGAAGGGAUCAAAGAAGUCUGGAUUGUUCUGGAUGCCCUCGACGAAUGCUGUACAAGGCAAGGGCCAUCGACGGAAGGACUGCUCUUGUGGAUAAGGGAUCUCAUCAGCUCGGAGUACAGGAAUGUCCAUCUUCUUGUGACAAGUCGGCCAGAACAGGACAUCACGUCUGUAGUAAGCGGAUUUGCAGAUAAGGUGGAUAUAGUGCCUAUUCAGAGCGGCGCCAUUACCGACGACAUCCGUGCGUACGUCCACACGAGAGUGAGAGAGCGUGAAGGGCUCAAGAGGUGGCGGUCGCAACUGGACGUCCAGGAGGAGAUUGAGUCCCGGCUCGUUGAUCAGGCUGAUGGAAUGUUUCGAUGGGUUGCAUGUCAGCUUGAUGCGCUAGAAAAGUGUUUGGAUUAUCGCACACUCCAAAUUGCUCUCAAUUCGCUCCCGAAGACUCUGGACGACACCUACAGCAGGAUCUUGCAUGGUAUUCCAUCAGAAUAUAAGCAAAACGCCGUAAGGAUUCUUCAAUUCCUGACCUACUCUGAGCGGCCACUACGUAUUGAGGAAGUGGUCGAUGCAAUAGCAGUGGAUACCGAAGGGGAACAGUACUUUAAUCCAAAACAUAGGAUGCCCGAUCCUCGGGAAGUCGCGUGUUACUGCUCAAGUUUGGUAGUGGUGGCUUCCAAACAAGGCCAUUCUGGCGAUGACGAUGAUAAGCCUAUGGAGCUCCAGUUGGCCCAUUUCUCCGUCAAGGAAUAUUUGACGUCUGGCCGGCAUGACAAAGACAUUGGCCAAAUCUUUCGGGACGAGGUUGCUGAAGCGUCAAUUGCAACUGUGUGUAUUGCAUAUUUGUUGCAUUUAGACCAGGAUAUUCCGAUACGUCAGAUCAGGGAGGCUUUUCCUUUGGCAGAGUAUUCGGCAAGGUACUGGAUGAGCCAUGCUGCAGUGGCUGAAGGCAAGGACACAAAACUGCAACAUUAUAUCGAGAAAUUCUUCUGCCACCACAAAAGUUCAUAUAAGAACUGCUACAGCCUCUAUCGUCCAGAUACCCUUUUCCUGUUACCGGGAGACUACUCAAGAAUGGAACCAGCUCCUGCGUUGUAUUACGCAUCAUUUGGAGGGUUGGCAAACGCGGUACAAUACCUGCUUAGUCGAGGCGCCAAUGUCAACGCGCAAGGUGGAAGUUACGGCACCGCGCUUCAUGCCGCUUCACACAGAGGACACGAGACCGUCGUCAAGCUGCUGCUUGACAGGGGCGCUGACGUGGAGGCGAAGGACUAUGAGUACGGUUGGACGCCGCUCUCGCGGGCCGCCGAGAAGGGGCACGAGGUCGUCGUCAAGCUGCUGCUUGACAGGGGCGCCGACGUGGAGGCAAAGGACUAUGCAUAUGGUCAGACGCCGCUCUCGCGGGCCGCCGAAAAGGGGCACGAGGCCGUCGUCAAGCUGCUACUUGACAGGGGUGCCGACGUGGAGGCAAAGGACUAUGAUUAUGGUCAGACGCCGCUCUCGUGGGCCGCCAAGAACGGACACGAGGUCGUCGUCAAGCUGCUGCUCGAUAAGGGCGCCGACGUGGAGGCGAAGGACUGUGAGUACGGUUGGCCGCCGCUCUCGUUGGCCGCCUCGAACGGACACGAGGCCAUCGUCAAGGUGCUGCUCGACAGGGGAGCCGACAUCGAGGCUGACAACGACUACUACGGCCGGACGCCGCUCUCGCUGGCCGCCAAGAACCGGCACGAGGCCGUCGUCGAGCUGCUGCUUGACAGGGGCGCCGACGUCGAGGCGAAGGAUGAGUACGGUCGGACGCCGCUCUCGUUGGCCGCCAAGAACGGGCACGAGGCCGCCGUCGAGCUACUGCUCGACAGGGGCGCCGACGUCGACGCGAAGGAUGAGUACGGUCGGACGCCGCUCUUGUUGGCCGCCAAGAACGGGCACGAGGCCGCCGUCGAGCUGCUGAUCGCCAGCUUUGGCGUUGACCCCUACGUUACAGAUGGCGCUGGCACAACGCUACUAUCGUGGGCCAUGCAGACCGGUGUGGCACCACUCUUUUGGGCCGCUGAGAAGGGGCAAGAGGCCAUUGUCAAGCUGCUGCUCGAGGACGCCGAUGUCGAGGCGAAGGAUAAGCACGGUCAGACGCCGCUCUCGUUGGCCGCCGAGAACGGACACGAGGCCAUAGUCAAGCUGCUGCAAUCGAAAUCUCGAUAA